CCGGAAAAGGAGCUAAAUGAUCCAAGUGAUAGAAUAGAAAGGUCCUGGAGUGGGACGGGUGUCCUUCUCCCAGACAAAAGCAAGCGAGGCAGACUCCACAAAGUGGGAGGACGAACGCGGGUCGAACAACAUGAAUCUAAAGACAGGAAACUCCUCAAAUGGCUUCACACCAGAGAUCAGUUUGGAUAAACUACACCGGAUGGCUGCAGAGCUGAUACUGCCUGGACGAUCCAUCUUGAGGCUCCUGAACACUGUUCUGGAGUUUGUUACAAACUUUCUGGCCCGAGUUUUAGGAAGCAGCCUGAUCAGAAGACACUUCCACCUGCUGCUGUCUGGGUUGGUCCUCUUUGGGCCUGUGCUCAGCUUCUGGGUGUCAAAGUAUAGCAUCUUUGCAAACAGCAACCACUACCUGUACAGGAAGUUCCUGAGGUCCACUUGGGGUUGGACCUGCAUCUUUACGGGCGCUUUCAUCAUCCUUCUCUCCCUCUCAGUCCGUCACUCCACCUCUCUUUCCCUCCGCCACCUCUCUCGAGUAGGCCUCGCGGGUUUGCUCUGGUGGAGUUGUCAGCGCCUCCUGACCCUGCUGGAGGAUGCAGCGGGGACCUGUUACGAGCCCAUGACCCCAGGCCAGGACGGCCAGAGCCCGGCCUCACCAGUACAGCCUCUGCUGCUCCUGCAUGAAGACCAGAACAAGGCCUCCUGCCUGAAAGCCCACAUGCUGUGGCGAGGCUACGAAGUCUCCCAGGACGUCCUCAUCCUCUGCUUCUGCUGUCUGCUGCUUGUUGAAGAAAUGUGUGUCUUUGGUCAUCACUUGGAGCGACAGAAGCCUCUGCAGAGGUCACCCGGGACCCCGCUGAGAGUCGUCUUCCUCCUGUGUGUUCUUCUCCUCCUUGUUUGGAUGUUUCUGCUGCUGUGUUUGCUUGCAUACUUCCCAAAGUUUCCCUCCCAGCAGCUGGGUGGAGCUCUGGGCUACCUGGGGUGGAGAGGACUCUAUCAGGGAUUGUAUAGACUCGGAUCGAGAUGGGGUUGUCCUGGUUUGCCCAGAGAGGGACUUUCUACCACGGUGCACACCAACAAACAGCCUUAGUAGUGUGGCACGCUUAAUGAAAAUGGUUAGAUUUUGGCACUGAAAUGUCCUUCAAAGCUCAGGAACAAACUUCCAAACCCUCUUUUAAGACUGCAUGCUGUAAAUCUGACAUCACGUUAAUAGUUUGCUUUCUUUAGAGGUCAAAAUUAGUCCAAAAAGAAGCUUAGAAAUCUCAUUCAGACAAAGUAAGUGAGAAAAACUGCUGCUUUAUUGUGUAAUCUGAACCAAAAUGCAGGCACAGUUAGAAAAAGAUUUCUGAGAGCAGGUGUAUCAUUACUUGAUGAAGAGUGUCAUUCUACACUGGUUGUUGCUUAUUUAAAAAAAAAAAAAAAAAAACGAGCCUGGAGUCUGUCUCAGUAGAUGAGCGCUUUCCCAUCUCCUCUGGGUCUCUUAAUCUUGUCAAAGUUCUUGUUAAUGAUGUCAAACAACACAGCCUGGAGAGAGAAAUAAAGACACAGAGUGUGAUGCAGGAGCAGGAUGAUAUAGGGAAGACAGACAGUUUACAGGGAGUCAUAAAAGAGAGGGACGUCCAGAUAUGGAGCUGUAAUCACGUCAAACAGCUCCUUUCAUCAUCGCCCGCAACGCCUUGUUCAUUAGCGGCAUCAAACACGGAGGACAAUGGCCGAAGGAAAGAGACGAGCUGAUUAAUGGACGGGAGACGGGGCGCCAAUCAAUUUAACACAAGCACUGCAAUUAGUUUAAUUACCCUCCUAUUAAGAAGGAAUGGAUUCCAUUUAAGCUGCCGCUCCCGCCGGUGGACACGACGGGCAUAUUUUACACCCAAGCCGCUCAAUUUAAAGUACAGAGCAUGAAAACAGCAGAUGGUACACGGAGUGUGGAUCAUGAGAUUCAGGAUACACGCAGUCAGAGAGGGCCAACUGUAAGCAAGAGGCAGUGGGUGUCUUACGUAUGUAUUGCGGACGUCCAAGACCACAAGGCGGAGCUCGCAGUAUUGAUAUUGGUCCAGCUCGUGGACCAGCUGUCUGUAGUCUCCCUGCAGCACAAAACACACACCACAAACAGCGAGCGUAUAAGCAAAACAAUGUGUAGUAUGAUAAGCACAUGACACAACAGCAUCUAAUUUAUGCGGGACAGAAUGUCCUCAUAAGUUUUUUUUUUCAGCGCACCGGCACACAUUUUUGUCAUUCACACAUUAAUAUGCUGAUUAGGAUGCACAGCGGGAGACACUGACCACGUGGGGCGACUUGGAGGCUUUGGCCACAGCGUCACCCCUCUCGUUGUAAUACCUGCCAAAACAAGGAGAAGAGAGGAGUUACAGUACCACCCACCUGUUUUAAAAUAGCCCCCAGCGUUUCGCUAAAUGUCACAUCCAAUGCCAUAUUCAACACAUCAGUCUGGUUUUUAAUAAAAAGACGAAGCAGAAGACUGCCUCUCAUUGUCUCUGUUAAGAUUUUCUCACUUUUAAAUGUGGAAUUGAAGCCUUUCACACGGAUUCUGCUUAUAUCUAUAUGACUUUUUUUCUGUUUGACUUCACUAAAUAAAGAUGGAUGAGACCCUC